AUGCUAGUAACAUCUCUACUCACGCUCGCGUUCGCCGCAACUGGCUUCGCUCAGGCCCCCGAAGGCUACAAGACCGUUUACAUCACGUCGAUGGUAGACGCCAAGUUUGUCUUGGUUCCCAAGUCGAACACCAGCGGCAGCACUCUAGUCAUCAAGACCGGCAGCCAGAAGCCCGAGCAGCAAUGGUACAUCAAGACCGGGAGCACCAAGAUCCAGCUCGCCGGUACUGAGCUCUGUCUAGACGCAGGCGAGAAAUCUAACUGGAAGGACAUGGCCAACAUCUACAUCAAGGAAUGUUCCGACACCGCAGACUCGCAGAAGUGGGUUGCCAUGGAAGACGGACGGAUCUCCGUCGAGCUGUCUAGCCCCCAGGAGUGCCUCGACCUACAGUACAUGCGUGCUACGGAGAACAACCCCGUCGGCCUGUACAGCUGCGCGGGCCUAGGAAACACCGGCGCCGCGGACAAGGGCAUCAACUGGCCGCUUACCGAGGUUACUGCUCCUUAA